AACUGGGGUCUACAUGGUGGAGAAUGGCUGUUUUCGCACCCGUUAGCAAUUCUAAUCGCGUUUUCUAAACUAAUCGUAGUGCUAGGCGCCUCAUCAUAGGUUACUGCCUGGCUCGGUAGAGAAUACAUGUCGUGGCUUGGAUUAAGAAUGUUUAUUUCUCUCCUUGUGGCAUGUUUCACAUUUCUACAGUUUUCAGAGGCGUUUACUUCAAUGGCAACUAAUGACGCAGAAAAUACUCGGUUCUCAGAAACUACCAUUAACAAACGAGCAAAUGUGAAACUAAUAUUCUUUAAAAACUUAAUGCGAGAUCUAGAUGAAUCUGGAAAGCUGGAUAAAAUUAAGCAGAUCCAUUCAAGACAACAAGCAAAUCAGAUUGAAGGACAGCCAAAAGUUCAAAGAUCCUCCAGUGAUUGGUCCGAAAAGAAACUGAAAGCGGAAAAGGAAGCCAACGAGGAAUUGAACGAUGAAUAUAGGUUGGAUGAGGAGAAGGAAUUAAUCCAACAAUUGAAACAAGAAAAGAAAUUGAAGGAGAAAAAUACAUCUGAAACCCCUGAAAACGUUGUCCAACAAUUAAAAGAGGAGCUGAUGAAAUUAGUAUUCACCUCUAUCAUUGCAAAGUGAUGCAGCAUAAAAAGCUGGCCUGUAUACCCUGUCUAGGGACAGCUUGGACAGAGUACAGUGAAUAAUAUGUUGGAAUUUUAACAAGAAUUUACUUUGUUUCCAGAAUAAAUCUAACACAGCCUCAAAA